UUCAUUCAUUCAUCGCGAUGAAUGAACCUGGGUGUCCGUUUGGAAACUGGAAUUUUGGUUCGACGACGACGAACGAAUCAAACGAAGCGAGCGAUGUUGUGUUGUGUGUGUUGACGACCAGAGCAGAAGGCAGAAGCAAGAGCCGAAUACGGCGACGACGACGACGGAGAAGAAGAAAAGCAACCAACCAACCAACAUCACUAUCCUCGAUCCCGAUCCGAGUAGGCAGCGCCUGGAAAAGAAAAAGACAUUUUUUCUCGGUUUUGAAUGAGUGGCAAUUCCGUGGAUUAGUGGCUCAGUUUCUCGCGGAUUAAGUAAGUGGCCGCUUCCGAUUUCGGUUUGUGAAUCCUGCGCGAGAAGGGAACUAGCUAGGUGGUGGAAGCGCAGCAGAAGUGAGAAAAAAAGUGCAACACCAGAAGAGGCGGAGGCGCUCUGCUGGAGCUGGAAGAAGAAAAAGAAGGCAAAGUGUGUGGAUUUUUGGUUUCGAUCCAAGAGAGCUGCCAGCAUAUUUCCGUGGAAAUCGGAUUGCAAUUGGUUCGGGGGGCCGGAAAAUCAGUGCAUACCCUCGUCCGGAUGAGGGAAAGGUGAAAGUUUUUCUGUUUUCGGGAUGUUUUGUGGUUUUUGAUUCUGCGGAGAACACUGCCAUUAUCUCGAGGUAGAAUCUGGCAACCUGACAGCACUGGUCAUCCAAAUAGUCCCAGCUCCUGCUCGGUUUCAAGUGCACUGACUGACAGACGGGGGAGACAUACAGUUUUUCGGGUGUUCGUCCGGAAGAACCGUCUGGUUGAGAAUUGUAUUCGGUUGACGGGGGUGUGAGCGGCCGAUGAUGGCCGCUAGAGUGUAAUAUGGGCGGCAGCCGGAUCGUGAAAACUGGAGCAACACUCACUGUUCGGGGUGUUAUCAGCAGGUGAAUUUUCCGCUGGAAUCCGGACGGCUGUCAGCCUUCCGGAGGCCACUUGCCGUAUGUGCCAAUUUCGGAACGAGCGCAAAUCUUCCAGUUGUUCCGGGAGGAAUUUGAUUACCAAAGGGAAAACGUCGGACCCGCUGGGGUGGUAGGGUCUUACGCCACGCAUCAAUAUAGAGAUUGGAUCGAUCAUCGGAGACAUUGAGCUCAGGAUUCAGUUAAGUUGGGAUUGUGACAGAAGAAGGAAUGAAAAUAAAUACAAGGGCUGAAUCGUGAAUGUAAUUGAAAACAGUGUUUGUUCUGUAUUAUUAUAGUAGUCCGGAUAUCGUGUAUUCUAAAGUGGCCGUGAUUCAUCCCGGUUUUUGGAUGAGUUUGGAUUUGUCAGAAGAAGGCUUAAAACUGUGACAGGAAAGGAAAUCUUGUGGGGGAACAUAUUUCAUAAAAAUCAAAUCAGGGCUGUGAAGCAAGAAGAAUGUUCAAUCAAUCUCAGGGCUUAUAUUUUCCGAAUGAUUUCAUGUAGUGAUCUAAAGCAGUGCAGUUGCGUUGGAAUGGCAGAAGCGGAUUAAUAUAGAAUACUAAGCAUAUUUCGAUGAUAAGUGUGUUGCAUUUGAGGCAAGAAGAAAAUGGUGACGAAGCUCUGAAAAACUCCAGAGUGUGAAAACCAUUCAAACACACGAAGGGAAGUUCAGUAACCAAACACAGAAAAAGGCUGCGGAGCUAGAGCGAAGAAAAGUUGACAGAUUGCGAGUGUGGAACGAGGGCCGUGUCCCCGUGUGAGUGAGUAGGGCGUAUGUGUGUAUCGGUGACAUAGGGCUCUUUGUACACGGCCAGCCAGCCAGUGCCAGUGCGCUGGGGAGAAUCGAUUUUUCCCUCGACGUGACGACGACGACGACGACGUUGGAUCUAUCUCUCUCUCGGUGUCCCCUUCGUAUGCAUGGCUUUGCUGCUGGAUUGAGUCGCCCUGCCUUAGUCGGUAGAUGGGGGAAACUCAUUGCUCUGGAUGAUCCGACGCCGUAGCCGAGGCAGUCGGUGGCAGGAAGUGUGAAACGGAAAUACAGCACCACCAGUCGGGAGUCGGUGGCACAGCCAGUAGUGUAGGGAAACCUACCCAAUCUACAAUUCGUCAAACGAACACGUACGCACACCCCCACAAUAGACGGAGCAGAAUCGCACAGGCAGAUGUAGAAGCCUUCCGACGACGACGACGACGACAUCAUGUAGAUUAAUGGCAGAUAGCUCACCGCAUCCUGUCAAUCGUCGCGUAAAACCGCCAAGAAGCAAUGGGAAUCGGUGUAGUCAAAUUACCCACCUAGAAACACCCCAUCAUCAUCAUAAACGCGCUCGAAUGCAGUACUGCAGACAUCAGCAGUCUUUUCGAUUUCCUUUUGCUUGCGAGCGAGUCGCAAACCCCGUGUGGAAUCAAGUAGCAGCAGUCAAAAUAAUCAAUUAAUUGAUAAUGUCCUCUUCCAGUGAAAAUUAAAGCCGCACAGCAAGGCGAACCGCCGCCACACACGAAAGAGCGAGAACGAGAGCGAUUCAGCGAAUGAGCUGGAAGAAAAUAUAUCAAAAAACAGAAAUAAUAAGACAAGAGGCAAGAUUCUUGAAUCGGACAUUCCACGGCGGCGGCGGCAGCGGCGGUUGAAGAGGAAAAAGGCGACCGCCACCGACACUCUCACACUCACACGCCGAAACGCUGAAACGACACACACGGUUGUGUGCUCUCGCACUGCUGGAGCACAACAAAUUAAAGGUAUUAUAAACGAAAAACAGAACAGAAAACCCACCAGGAGAGAACGAGAGACUAACACAUACCUUGUGUGAGCGGGCCUCGCCUCGCGAUCCGAUCCUUGGCGUGCGCGGAACAUGUACGUUAUCAACCCGAGCAGCGGCAAGGAAAUCCCCAACAGCUAUCCGACUAGCACCACCGGAACGGCCGGAACUGGCAGCUCCGUGAACAGCAGCACUGCAGCAGGACCGCAGGAGAUCAUCAUCAGUCAGAUUCUGACAAAAUGUGCCACGAUGGCGGACACUGAAUCAUCGUCCACGGGUGCCACUGCGACCAUACUGCUGUCACCAGCGGGCGUUGCGCGGCAGCACGGCGGCCUAGUGGGCGUAUCGCCUCAAUCCUCACCGGCGUCGUCCGCUUCGUCGUCGGCCUCGUCACCGACGGCCGAUGGGCCACAUCCGCACAGCAGCUUUGGGGCGGCGGCGGUGACGGCCGCCGGCAGGGAUAAGGCAAAGGCGGGAUCGAACGGCGGAGUGAACGGUUCUGCGGGGAAGCACGGUAGUGCCGGAAACGGCAAGAUCAACGGCAACGGAGCACCGAUCAGUGCCACCAGUGCACCCGGCGGAAGGCUGCAGUUCUUCAAAGAUGGAAAAUUCAUCCUGGAGCUGGCACGUGCCCGCGAAGGCGAAAAGACCAGCUGGAUCUCGGUCCCCCGCAAAACCUUCUGGCCGCCGACGGUCAGCUCGACCAAUGCCAACUUCCACAAACACGAGAGCUCGACGUCGCUUAGCUUUUCCGACGACAACAGUUCGGUACAGUCUUCGCCGUGGCAGCGGGACCACUGCUGGAAGCAGACCAGCCCUCGUUCCAACAUCUCCCGGGAGAUGGCUCUGUACUACCACCGACCGAGCUGCGUUCGGUUCAAACUGUCGCGCGACGAGUGGAAACGGUUACGGCUGAAACGGAGACGACCUUAUGAGCCGGCUUCGGUCCACAAUGCCAACGCGAUAGCCCUGCACUAUGAGAUUAUUAUGGAUAGAGUUCCGGGGGAUGCGACGUCACCUGCGGCGCAGGCAAACGUCGAUGCGAUGGAUUUCAAGAUGAACGGCAAAUCAUCGGAGACUGGCAGCGAUGAGGACGAGGAUAGGGGAAAGCAGCAAACGAACGGAGUGGCCAAGGCGGUGGAGAACGGAACGAAAGAUUUAAAAACUAGCAGGCGAAGGGGACUGCUGAAACGGAGGAAAGAACUGACCGCGAUAGUGCAGCAGUUGACUGUACGGGUAGCGAACAGUACGAACAGUGCACCUCGAUUGCCACCGGCUGGCGUGAGGAAUGUGUUCAAUUCGUCCCAUCAGCAGCACGUGUCUCCUCGGAAAAGAAUACUCAGAGAGUUGGAGAAGGUCUCGCUGGAAGAUAGCAGUACUAUGAAAAGAUCUCGUUCGAAACCUGGUAGUAAUAGCACUGUGAUUACGGCGACGACUGCAACUCCACUGGCAUCGGUUAGCAGCAAUGGGAACGGCCCUAGCAAUUCCACUAGUAGCAGUAGUAAUACAAACGGUAAGCUGACCAACGGAGCGUCAGCUGUAGAAUCGCGCGCACCGUCGGUCCCAACGACGCCGGUUUCGCGCCCAAUCAGUAGCUACAGUAUAACCUCGCUACUCGGACAUAACUCAUCUAGCGAAAGCAGUAACAGUAGUAGACCGAAGCAUGAAACAAACACAACCACUAGUCAUCAUCCGUACCAGCAGCAUCAAGCUUCUUCGCACUAUCAGUAUCUUGGUAAGGACGUUGUUACGUCACCCAAAUCUCCCUCCGAAGCGCAUCUAAGUCAGAGGUACUACGGCAAGAAGAAAUCCCCCAGCUAUGGUUCACAGAAUGCAGCUUCUCCGAAUUCUGCUACCGAUUAUGGUGCCAGCAGCUACGGCAUGGUGCGGUCACCAAACCUCAGUCCCAGUCCGGAACACCAAGGCCAUAGUUUUACACGCUAUCGACAGCACCCGUACAGUAUCCAUCCGACAGUAUCGUCCCCGAGCAGCUAUUCUAGUGUGUCACGAUGUUCUCCUUCGCCUAGUACCAACGAUUCUGCCAGUUCGCCAUACAGCGGAAGUGCGAAAUACCGGGCGGCCUAUCUAGCUUCCGGUGGCUCUCCUCCCUCAUCUUCCAACCCGACGACGGCAAACUCCCCUCAACACUAUUCCCGGCAAUCCCCACUGAACUUUGCUCGAUCUCCGCCUCCUUCCCACCAAGCUAACUACCCACCGAGCAACAGUCUCCGGAACAACGGAAAAGACUCUGCUUCAUCGCCUCGAGCAUCGCCAAGCGUAGAACCAAUCCGGGUGCCGGCAACAACGCCCACUUCAUCUAGUUCGGCUCCCACCAUCCGAACUGUGCCAAAGAAAACAGCUGCCCUUCGGCAACAAUUCGGCUCACCUUCCUCAUCCCCUUCCGCCGUUGAUGCCGCAAGGCGUGAACGUUCCAAUUCAAAUGCCUCAUCAACUUCCUCGGAAAUUGCCCGUACGGCCCACUUCAAAAAGGAACUGGACUAUGCCGAACGGUCAGCCGCUUCUGAUGUCGUCGAUGGAUUGCCACCGACGCUCUCCACUUCCCAACCCAGUCCCGUGAUUCGCCCGAGUACGGUAAUCGCUUCGCCAACUCCGCACCAUCCCGUUCCGAAUCCGUUCUACAUGUACCCGCCUCAGAUAGCCGCCUCGCUACUAGCUGCCCAGCAGUCCAGUGCUGUUCCUUUCCUGCCGGCAUCGCCGCUCACGUACUAUCAGCACAUGUACAACCAGGCAGCGAUGGCAGCGGCCUAUCGAAAUCCGCUCUGGAUGCACUAUCAGGGCAUAUCGCCGCAUGCUGCAGCAGCUGCUGCAGCCGCGGCAGCCGUUUCGCCACCCAGUGCUCCUCAUCCGCCACCAAGUAGCAGUAGUAGUACCAACAGUACCGGUACUAGCAAUAGUAUCCACCGAGACGCACAACAACGAGAUUCCAAUCGAAUACAUUCCGCAGCAGUAGCUGCUACCGGUUACAACCACGGUGCCAACAGCAGUAGUAGCGCCACCACCUCAACAACCACUUCCACACACAGCAGUAACAACAGCAGUAGCCACAUCCACGGAAGCAGUUCUUCCCCAUCGCCUGGUGCAAUGGCACUGAACUACAGUGCGGCAGCCCUGGCAGCGUCCUCCCACCAUCCUCAUCAUCAACAUCAGCAUCAACAUCCGCAUCAUCCAACGCCGCACCACCAUAGCCUGGCGGCAGCAGGACCGUGGAGUGGUGCACAGCACGAUGCACCACCAACGGGGACGAGCGGAACGGCGGCCACCAAGGAAGACCACGGAGCAGAUGUUCCGCUCAACCUGUCGAAGCACUGAGGAUCCAACCAAUACAAUCGAAAAAACAGGAGCAAAGACGGAUCAGUAACUGCAUGGAGCGCUGCAAUCCUACAAGUGUUGAAACAAAAAAACUACGCCUAGCGUACACAAGAAAACCAACCAUUCGAAGCGCAUUUUCGUCGUCCAAUGUUGAAAGCUGUUCAUGUACCUAAGUGUAAUUGUGGUGGCUUUUUUCGGUAGAUCGCCUUAUCAGAAACUAAAAAGGUAAAACAUAUUAACAAAAAUGAGAAACGAAAAUGAAACAGAGAACAAACAUUAUACUGUAACAAAGGAACUGUCUUUUUGUGUAUAUUUAUCGGAGAAGGGAUAAGACGAAAAUCGAAACUAUAUUGCUGUAUGCUUUUUAGUGUUGUGUGAUUCCGCUGAUUGAAUACAUUUAUGGUAUAUCGUUUUUAAGGAGCCCAUAUAUAUCUAUAUAUAUACAUAUAUAUUUGCAGAAAAGCAGAGAACAAGAGACAUUUCGGAGAAGGGUCCAGUCUACAAAAAAUAAUAUAAAAAAAUGAAACCCAAGGUUUACACUAUUUUCCAAAAGAAAGGAAGACAAACAAGAGGAAAAAGAACUAUUUUUGCUAAAAAAAAAAGUUGUAAUAAAUUAUUUGUGAGAUGAAGAAAUCAAACGGAGAAACUAUAUACAUGUAACAUAUAUACACGCAUCUACAUAUAUACACGUAACAGAAAUAUUAUAUAUAUACAAGAAUGGAAACACUUGAAAAGGUAACAAACAAUGAGUUUUUUUAAUUCGGUACAUUUUAGUACUGAACCUAUUGAAAUUUUUCGAUAAUGCUUUUGGCGAACGUGUAUUUUUGACAUUCUUACGAAGAACCAGACGAGUCAAUUACAAGAUUCGCACCGCGGCGCAAUUCACGGAAAUAGACCAAAUCCAAAAACUAACUCAAAUCUCUCAAUCAUCCCAAACAAAGAAAAAAUGGUGCGCCAUCUCUUGGCGAGCAUUACGAAUCUCGUCGGGGAGAGGCGGCCUCUCUUUCGUACUGUUCCUUAAAAAAAAAAAUCGUAACACACUAAUACAUGCAAGUACGCUAUAUGUUUAUAACCGAUAUCAACUAAUCCCAACUGAAUGUGCAUUGUAAUCGCUUUUUUCUUCCCCUAAUCGCCCCGAAUACCGCGUGUCUGUCGAAUGUCUUCUAUGGUGUGUAACCGUGUACUGUUCCCAUCCCUGACCGCUUUCCGGUUCGUUCCUCUCUUCUUCUGCGCGCGUAGUAGCGAGAGAUACGUUUACACAAAAGAAUCUCAUUCUCAUCGCCACACUACCACUAAUGCCGUGUAAUAGAGAAACGACGCGUGUAAUAUUUUUAUAAAGAGGAGUACUUUGUGCUAAACAAGAAUUGUCGAUUACACGAACUUGUAAUGUGUAUAUUUCUAUUCAUAGACUGAAACAAAAGAACUAUUACUUUAGGUGGGGUCGCUCGUUUGCGUGUGUGCGUGAGAGUGUUUGCGUUGUAUCAAUAUCUAAUAUAUACUCUGUACAUGGAAGAGUGUGUUCGUGUGUUUGAGAGCGAGUGCGAGAGCGAAUCUGUUUCUUUUGAAAGGCCAUUUAGAUGAGGAAACUCGACGGUGUGAGAUGAAAUCAAAUUAUCAAAAAAAAUAAAAACAACUUGAAACUAUAACAUUCUUGAUGAAGAAACAAAAAACAGCCAAUCAAAUUCGCUAAAACACAAAAAGUGCAACAAUCCUUAUGGGAAGAACAAACUAUGUAGAGGGAAAAUCAAGAGUAAAAGAAAGAGAGAAAAAUAAGAUAUUUUUGUGCUAUUUUUUAUACAUCUGUAGAUCAGAGAUAACGUAACUUAAAAAAUAUAAAGAGUAACACAUUUCGGCCAAUAUUCCAGUUUUAAAAAUAACGACAGAAACAGUACCAGAGAAAUAGAGAUGAUAUAACUAAAUAUAAACAUACAGCAUAAGCGAAAGAACAAAAUAACAAAGUUGAAAGCAUAUUAGAAAUCAAACGUAAAACAAAACAACAAA